CUUAAAGGGAUCGCAUGCAGCUGGCUCGCGCUGGAGUUAGCCGAGCGUUUCACUGCAAAUGUUCGCGUUUCGCUUUUCGAAGAUGGAGAUUUUGCCACGCGGAUGUGCUCGUGCUGGUCCUUGAAGGGGGUUUUUCAGGGGAAUGCAGUCAGCAACAGAGGAGAACAGUUGUGAUGGCGCCUCGGGUGUGCCAACAGGUUCGAUGGUGCAGGUGUGUUUCCCCAACGUGCAGACGUCUGUGCUCAACAGCCUUAAUCGGCAGCGUGAGGACGGGCAGCUGUGUGACCUCUCCAUACACGUGCAGGGACACGUGUUUAAAGCGCAUCGCUGCGUGUUAGCUGCCUCCUCACCUUAUUUUCAUGACCAGGUGCUACUGAAGAACAUGUCCACAGUCUCUAUCCCAGCUGUUAUGGACCCACUGGCGUUUGAGAGAGUUCUGAGUUGCGCCUACACUGGCCAGCUGCAAAUGCUGCGUGAAGACAUUGUCAACUACCUCACCAUCGGGAGUGUGCUCCAGAUGUGGCACAUCGUGGACAAGUGCACGGAACUACUAAGAGAGGACCGAGGAGGGUCCUCUGGGCCACAGGGUACAACUCCGUCCACAGAGAGCACUAGGUGCAGCGGUAUUGCCAACAGGGAUUCCUAUGGAGGAGGAGAAGGACAGGCGCAGUCCAUGGUGCAGCCUCUGAACCGUCCCUCACUAAUAGAGAGUCAGUCUCCCAGCAGUACCAACUACUUCAGCCCCAAAGAUGCUAGUUUUGGUGGAACAAUGCCAAGUACUGGAACAGUGGGAGAUGGGGGCAUGCAUUCUACUCCUAACUACUGCAUGCCAUCCAGUCGAGAAGAUGCUUUUCUUAUUGAUGAGGAGGAAGAGGAAGAUGAUGAGCUUGUGUAUCCAAGGAAACAGGAACAGGGCAGCGGCAGGAGGAAGAAGUUAACACCUGCCUCUGAUCAAGAAAUGGGAGUGAGUGACAGUUUCGGGGUUUCAUCAUACCAGGACAUAGAGUCGUCUCCUCCGCAGAAGCGCCCCAUGUACAGUCAACCGAGCAUUAUGCCUCGGAAGCAGUGGGUGGUGGUGAAAACCGAGCGCUCCAGGGACGAUGACUUUAUCGUGGUCUCUGGAGAAGAAGGAGGUGAAAACGAAGAUGAGCAGGAGUUAGACAUCGCCAAGGAGAGGGAAAGAGAGAGAACGUUUAAUAUUUCCAAUGUUAGGACUCUUUCGGCAGACCUCAGCAACAGGGAGGAAAUUGAAGCACAGGUUGACUACUGCCAAUCACCUGAAGACUACCUCAAGUUUGAAAGUGGUUUAAUGGACCAAUCAUCAUCACAACACUCUUUGGAGAACCCCAGCCAGAGUACCAGUCGAGCAGUUUCUGCAUUACUGAACUCGGUCCAAACAGCUGCUGCCAGAACACAACUCUUCCCACUGGACAUGCAAGGAAACCAGAUUCUUCUCUAUAACCAAGCUUCUCCUACAGUUGGGCUGCAAGAAGCUUUGCCUGGGGUGUCAUUAAAGGGAGCUGUGGAGCAUGGAACAGUCCACUUGUCAGGGCAGGGAGGAAUGGACAGCGGCUUAGACGGGUUAGACGGCAACGGGGCUAGCGCUACAGGCAAAGUCUUUAUGUGCCACUGUGGCAAAAGGUUUACUCACAAGAGCAUGCGAGACCGCCAUAUCAACAUGCAUCUCGAUCUGCGGCCUUUCCAUUGUCCAGUUUGCUCCAAGAAGUUCAAGAUGAAGCACCAUCUGACCGAGCACAUGAAAACACACACAGGUUUGAAGCCCUACGACUGCCUUAGCUGUGGGAAAAAGUUUAUGUGGCGUGACAGCUUCAUGAGGCAUCGCUCUCACUGUGAAAGGCACGGUGGAAUCAGCGGUACUAGUGAGGCCCAAGGUUCGGAAGGGUCAGUAGUUUCUCCUCAAAAUCCUCUUCAGCAUCAGCAGUCAGGAAGCAAAGGUAGUCAAGGCAGUGUCGGAGGCAGAAGCGGAAUUCCAGUUUUGUCUCCGCACCAUUCCAGUAGUAGUAGCAGCAGUAGUAGUAGUAGAAGUGGUUUAAGCAUGCCAGUACCCGGGUCUCUUAUAGGGAUAAAUCCUCAAAGUGGAAUGUAUGGCCAUGGCUCUGGGGUUCUCGGGCUGGAUGUAAGUCAGAGCGAAUGUGGGGACGAUAUCAGUGAGGUUUGUAUUGGUGAAAACAGCAUCACUUGAGCAUUACCGUAACGUCCUUUAAAAAAAGCAUUGCCACGUGGGACCAUGUGUACAGUUGUCUGAUUGUGAUAGUGUCUGUGAGCAUGAUACACGUAACAUGUUAGAAAGGAAAUAAUUUAUCAGUCUUAGAGCAUUUAUGGUAUAUUAAUAUAGUAAGAGCACCCUUUUAUAUACCAAAACUCUCCUUUGUGAGUUAAUCUAAAAUAGUGCACAGUACACAGAUUUAAAGAUGUAUUGAUUGUUUGGACAAAUUUCAUCACAAAAAACAUGUAUUUGUAAAUAGUUUUUACAGGGCAACACAUCAUAUUACCUCAGCAAUGGGUUCUUAUUUACACACUCGAUGACGCCAUGUGUAUUAGAGCCCACGACUCCAGACCGUGUAUAACGAGACUACAUCUUCUUCAUCUCGGGUGUUAAUUCCAGCUUCAGGCAGUAUUGUGAUCUGAUCCCCGUCCGUAGCGUCUUUAAACACAAGCACCUGCCUUUAAGCUCCUCAAAAAAAAAAAAAAAUUGCAGACUGAAGACAUAAAAUGGUUUUUAAAUUACAACUUUGUUUCCUUCAAUCAAGCAAGAAUUUAAAAAUGAAAAGACUAAUAUAAUGUGUGUGGUGGCACACACAUAUCUACUGUAUAUUUCUAACAAGGGUUUCCAGCACUGAAAUAUGUCUCUAAUUUGCGCAGAUUUCAUCCAGAAAUAAAGUUUAAAAUCUGGCUAACCCCCCCAAAAAAGAAGAGGUUUUCAUCUUCAAAAUGACGAUUUAUUUUUAGGUUGCAAGGUGGUCAUCUCGCACCUGUAACAUUGUUGGUUCAAAUUCCACCUGCACAUUCUCUCUCUGCUUGAUGGGUUUCCUUCAGGUACUCCAGUUUCCUCCAGCAGUCCAAAGAGAUAUGUGUUUAGGCGUACUAGUGUUUUCUAAUUGCCCAGUAGUAUGUGAUUGGGUACGUGAGUGUGUGUGCUUGUGCUCUGUGAUGUGUUGGUGCCCUGAGUUCCUUACUUUAGAGUGAGGGUUCCCUGUACCCUGAGAUCUCUGUGAUGGCUUCCGCAUCUCUGAAGCCAUCACAAGGGGUGUAGAUAAUAGACGGAUGGAGAAUAGAAACUGUACUUUUGAUUUAUUGAAAUAAUAUUUAAAAUAAGACAAGAAGUGGAAAUAACUGGACAGAAAUACUGGUACCCUUACCUAAGAAUUUUGUAUCACAGCCUUUGGAGGCAAUAACUGCAGUUAAAUCGUCUCUAGAAUUCUGAAUAAGAUUUCUCUGCCGGUAGUGUGAAACACUCUUCUCCAACACCCUCCUCAACCCUCUCCCACAAACCUUCCACAGGAUUGACAUCAGGAGAAAUGGAAAGCCAGGUCAGAACGACCCAAUGUUUUCUCCUUGCCCAUUUUUGGAUGUGUUUUAGUGUGUGCUUUUGGUUGUUAUCCUGCAGAACACAUUUUUUGACACUGAGCCAUAUGUUCUGCUCCAGAAUGCCUUGAUGGUCUUUAGAUUUCUCCCCGUCCUGCACAGAUUUAAGGCACGCAGGACAUGAAGCAACAAAAUAAGACCAAGACACCACUGAGCCUUCUACCGUAUAUCACUCUAGGCACAAUGUUCAGAAUGAUGUUUAGAGUUUUAAGAUGACUAAACACUUAGUAGAACAUACAUAUGGGUCCAAGAAUAAUUCUAGUUGUAAUCAACUACAUUUUAGAGCUAUAAUAGUCUGUUAUUAUUUAUUUUAAUCAUAAAACCGCGUUUGAUUCAGCACAUGCUCUUACGUGUUUUACAAUUUUUAAUGUUAGACUUGAUCGUUGGUGCAGUUGUGUUAAUGCACUAGUGAGGCAAUGAAACCAUAAUGUGUGUGUUAUCUAGUGUUUACUCUGCUGUUUUGAGUUAUCAAAAUAAUAGUCAUACACGAUGUUCCACUAAUGCAAAUUCAGUGUACAGCCCUACACAGCCUUUUUUUGUGCAAUUACUAAACAUGAAUGCAACAAGUCAUUCCAUGCUAAAGAACUUAUUUCUUUUGAUGCAGUGGAAAAUAUGGAUGGAAAUAUGAUGGAAAAUGUCCUCUUUAGAAUAUAAGAAUACACUCCAUGAAUGCUGCAAUUUGGAAUCUUUAUAGCUUGAACCUGAUUAGUGCAUAGAUUUGGUGUAAAAGAUCAGUGUGAUACAACAGGAAUGUGUUUUGGUCAUGGAGCUGCUCCAUCUGGUGUAACGGCUAAAGGGGAGCUCCACAUAAACUGGUUCAAAUUAAUGCUUCAGUCAGGUUUAUCUAUAAACCUAUCUACAGUACUUUACAAAAGUCUUAGGCACCAUAUUAUUUGCUGUACCAAUUUUGUUAUAUAUGUUUAUCAUGUCUGCAUAAUUGUGUACAAAAUCACUUAAAAUUUAAUAAAUAAAUAACAUUACAGGAGAAUAUUUGGCUGUGAAGAAACAAUAUAUAGUACAAGAGAGACCAGUUUUCAGAUGGAAACAAAAUACCUAAUGUACGCUCCUGGGAUUUGCAUAAAAAUAGAAAGGAGCGAGUGUGACAGAAUUACCAGAAGAACUUAUAUUCUCCAGCAAGCUCAGUAAAAGACUUUUGCACAGUACUGUACAUCUCAGCUAACCUCACAGGUUGAGAGCUUAUGUCCCAAACUGAUUGUUCUAAGCUAGUGGUGAUGAUUACUGGAGGGAACUGAGGACACUGCAGGCACGCAUCAGAAGAACAGUGCUAUAUUUAUUUGACUUGCCCUCAGUGAUUUUCAAAGAAAGAUAGAAAAAGUGAAACUAUUACAAAACCAACUAGUACACACAGAUGUGCUCUGCCUGGGAAGCUAAAUGUAAUGCCACUCUAUGUCUGGUUCGCUCUUGGCGGCUUUUCAGCCCCUUAUACUGUAGCUACCUUUCUGACCCGAGGUAUGUCAGUCAUUACUACACGCAACACAGGAUGUCCACUCAACUCCACAUUCCAGUAACUUUAUGAUAUAAAUUGUCUAAUUAAAAAUGAUCAUGACAUUUACCAGCCUGAGACUUGGCCAUACAUUUUAUAUAGUUUUUGAGACAUUUUUACCUGUUACAAAUCCAAACAUACAAUGUUAUGCCAUUGGCUUGAUAUUUGGCUUUUUUUCUUUUUUUUUCCUUUCUUUUUUGUAUUGAAAAGAUAAAUAUCCAUCCAAUGUCUUACCACUUCUCUGUAAUAAUGUCAUGGGGAUAAAAGCAUAAACCCUUCUCUAGGAAGCUAUUUUUUUUUUUUUUUACAUUUUUAUUUAAAUCUGCUUUCGAAAGCAGAAGGUACAGAAUGUAUUGUACACAUUUAAGGUUUGCUGCAUUCCAAUCCUGUUUCUUUGUCCUUUUUUAAAUACAGGUUUUCUGUAUAAUAAUAAAGAACCGACAAAAUGGCAUAUUGAGUAAAUAAAGAGUUAUGAAUACUUCUUGUAAUUUUGAAUAUGUAAGGUUUGCCUUCUGUGAAGGUUGUUGAAAUGAUUUGCCAUGUUUUGAAAUGGACUUGUAGCACUUUUGAAGUUUAAUGAAUGUGGAUUUUAAUCAGUAAUUGUGUAGAAACAGAGCUUAGUAUUAGACAUGUUUUAAAGAAUGAUUAAGUUGGAUAAUUUCAGUACACUGACAUAACUCUUAGGCUGUUCUCCAUGUCAAGGAUCAUUUUAACCAGUGUGCUUUAAAUGGACCAAAUUCUGUUACACAUUUGUCAACAAUAAAAAUUCACUGGA